CCGUCGGGUACUCAUAUUAAUUACAUUUCGCUGUUAAUUUUUCGUAAAAUUCCAGAUGUAAAAAUGGUUUAUGGUUUAAGUUACUUUGUACAACCAGCUAUCGCAGGUACGGACUGCAUUAUCAAUAUGCAGGCAUUAAUAGGAUGACAGGACCCCACUUAACCUAAUCCUCUAAUAUCAGGGGUGCCACCUUAAUCCUUUGAAAAGACGAAAAUUAGCACUCUGACUCAGAAAUCCACUCCGCUUUUGAGCAUUUUCAGUUGCUCUCCAUUCGCCAGUCUGUUUUGACUCAGGCUCUCGUGCGGGUGGAAGCUCCAGCCCCUCUGCUGGGUGGACUUGUUGCUCGACUCGACUCCCAUCGGCUAGGCUUGUGAUUCGUCUUUUGUCUAGACUCGGGUCGGCCGAUGGCAACGCUUCGUUCCUGGAGCCAUUCCACAAGUGGCCGUCAUCAUCAGCGUUUCCGCGUUUCCGGUAAUCGUUGUGCGCUCCCGAGAUACUUGGUUCGAAUUGUGCGGAAGUUUUAAAAAAUACUUUUGCUUAGAGUUGGAUAGCAAAAAGGGUUAAUAGCCAGAGCAUCUAUAUAAAUAUUUAACAAAAAUGAUAUGUAUCACGAAUUGUGAGAGUUUUUGAAAAGUGCAUUUAAAUACUUUAAAACAUAGUGGAUAAAUUAAAUUAAAUACAUUCGAAAACUUUUGUUGCUCAACAACCAUGGAUGCCACACAGCUAACGGAACUAAUGGGCAGCCAUGAUUUUAUGCAAUUGCAACAUCAAUUGCAUCACAAUAACAACAAUUACAACACAGACGGACACAAUGGACUGUCUUCAGAAUCGGCGGAGGGUAGUUCCCGACCCGUUCGUCGUGCCACCAGACGAACUUCACAGCUAAGCAAUAAUACUUAUGACCUGGAGAUGACAGACUCCAGUUCGCAAAGCGAUGACACGAGCGGCGGAGGCGGCAGCAGCAACGGAGGUGGCAGCGCCACUAACACUGGGCAUCCGUCCGGUGGUUCUCUGGGCGGUCAAGGGCCAUCAAGCCGCGUCCGGGUCCAGCAAGCUGGCUUAGGAGCCUGUGCGUCCACUAUUGCCGCAAACAGUGCCAGCUCCAACUCCUCCAAUGCGAACGGCAACUCCAAUAGACGUCGGAAAGGAGCCCUGAACGCUAAAGAGCGGAAUAUGCGUCGUCUGGAGUCAAAUGAACGCGAGCGAAUGCGGAUGCACAGCCUAAACGAUGCGUUUCAAUCGCUUCGAGAGGUCAUACCACACGUGGAGAUGGAGCGACGGCUGUCCAAGAUCGAAACUCUCACUCUGGCCAAAAACUAUAUCAUAAAUCUGACACACAUAAUACUCUCCAAGCGCAACGAGGAGGCGGCGGCUUUGGAGCUGAACUCGGGGGCCGUUGGCGGGGUAUUGCUCUCAAAUCUUGCCUCGGAAAGUGGAGGCCCGGUAGCAAGUGGCAUUGCUGCAAAUUCCAGUGCCGCGACUCUCUGCUUCGAGGACGCCCUGGCCAACGGUGGCGCAUUCGACUGUGCCCUUUUGGCAGCCACUGAUGGCAGCUUGCUGAACGCUGCCACAGUCACCGCGAGCCCCGCGAUGCAGAGCAUCCAAUCACAAGCCAUACACUUGCAGACACCGAUGGAGCAGCAGCAGCAACAGCAAACUAGCCAUCUUCCGCACCACCAGCAGGCGAUUCAUGGCCAUGGCCACCUAGGGGCCAGCAUGAGCAUUCAAACCCAGCAGCAGCCUACGCUGAUACUAAAUGGGGAUACAUCGGUGGGCCUGGGAGUUGGAAUCGGGGUUGGUGUCGGAGUGGGUGUUGGGGUGGGCAACAAUGCGCCGAACUUUUCUGAUAUCAAUGAUAAUUUCGACGAGCCCUUCCGAGAGUUUCUGUAAGCCAUUCAUAAGGAGUUGGUGCCGGGAUUGUAGUAAACGGCAUUGGAAAAACAUUGCACACAAAUAUAAAUACAGUAAAAAGCUCAAAAACGAUAUUUAUGAACAUCAGCGCGGUGGAUUUACCGGCUUGAGUGUUCAAACCCUUGUGAGUUAUUAUGUUUUCAUACAAUUGUGUCAUUUAUGAAACAUUUUUGCAAUAAUCGUAACCAGCUAAUAUUGAAUAUUGAAUUUACAAUAAAAGAAGAAACGAA